AUGAAGUUUAUCACUCUCAUCUCUGCCUUUGCGACUGCGACUCUCGUAUCCGCGGACCAGAGGUCUCAACUUGAACAUCCCAAUUGGCCCCCGAGUCGCUUGAGUGCUCGGGGUAGCACUUGCCCCAGGCCCAUGUGCCAAACACCUGCUUCUCAGGGUCCAAAUGACCCUCCCGCCUGCGGUGACUCUUACGCAGCGUGCAAGUUCGACCAGUUCCCUUGCGACGACUACAUGACUCCCAAGGUCACCGACACUCAUCACUGCUACUGCAUCUUGGCCAACAAGCAGGCAAUGGAUGCGUACUGCCAGGAACGCGGAUUCAAGAGUGGUAGCAACCCUUGGAAGUACUACUACGCCGUUGAGUGCCAUGGCGCUGCCAACGAUCAAAUUUGCAACAAGGAUUGUCAUGAUCAGGGCCGUGGCAAUGGCCGGAUCGACAAAGCUCAUCCGAAUGGAGCGUGUGCGUGCGACAAGCCUAACCCGCCUUAUGAUACAUGCAAGCAGUCUUGA